AUGCUUAUAAAAUUUGGUGGCAGAAGUACCAUACGUCGCCAAUCUCUUCAUCUUAGACGUACAUUAGCAGAUAAUGUUGGUAAUUAUCUUCCAGAUGCUCUUACAGAGAUGUGGGAACCAACCCGUGACUUUGCAUAUUUGAAACUACCAAGUUCAGGUGUACAGAGUGUAGUCGCUUUAAGCAAUACCACACCACAAGUCAUGGUUGUCACCUCUGAAGGUUAUUUCUAUCAAUAUAAUAUAGAUCUAGAAAACGGUGGCGAAUGCGUGCUUCUCAAACAAUACAGGCAAGUAUCCUUUGUUUUUGGCUAUUUUUGA